CCGGUUGUACUAACAAUAAUUAAGCAACGUUUUAAAUGACUAACCUCUCGAAAUUCGACACAACAAAUUCACCAGCGUAAAAUGAUAGAAGUGAAUACAUGGGCCGACUGUGUCACAUAUGCAGAAUUUUAAGAGUUACAUGGACACUAUAAUAGUUAGCUUAACACUAGCAAUUUUGCUGUGCAGUGUAAAAACAAUGCAAAUCACUGUGAGUUUUGAUUUAAGUUAUACAAACAUAAAGCUCAAAUGUAAAUCUGAUGAAAUGAAGUCUUAAUGCUGAAUCCCUGCUGAAGGAUUUGCUUCAACUCCAGAAAAGAAAAUAUUGGGAAAAAUUACUUUUACUUAUUAAAUUGCUUAGAGAUGUGUUUUUGAUAAACUGCAUUACCUAUCACAAAGAUGAGAAGGAGAAGGAUCAGUAAACAUGUCAUGGAUUACACCUAAAAGCAUUUUACAUUUCCUGUGUGAUGGAAAACGUCACUUUUGCUCCAUCUGAAUUCAUUCUGGACUGCCUGAAUCAUUCUGAUCACCGAAGCCUCAUCACAGCCAUACUUUUCUUUAUUUACUUAGUGACUGUUACUGGAAAUGUGCUGGUAAUACUGGUCAUCAUACUGGACCAUCAACUACAAACACCUAUGUAUUUAUACAUCGGCAUUCUCGCCUGUAUAGACCUGAUUAGUAGUACCAAUAUCAUACCAAAAAUGUUGUCUUCCAUCCUUUAUGACCGAGUGGUACCAAAGGUUGCCUGUUUUGUGCAGUUGUACAUUUUACAUCAUCUGGAGGUGAUGCAGACAUUUCUGCUGACUUUCAUGGCCUAUGACCGCUAUGUGGCUGUCGUAAAUCCCCUGAGGUACCCCUCCAUUAUUACAACAAAGACAGUCCUUCACUCUCUUCUGGUGUCCAGUGCCUGCGCAUUUUUCCUUAUUGCUCCUUUUGCAUUUAUCUGUGUUAGUUUUCCCAUCUAUCGAACAAAUGUCUUGCCUUACUGCUUGUGUGAUUAUGUCACCAUUCUUCGUGUUGCUUGUGUAGAUUACGUUUCCUAUUUAAUUCCUGGCAGUACGGUAAGUGUUUUGAUGCUGUUUUUUCCUUUGUCUGCAAUUCUUUUUUCUUACAGUAAGAUCGUUCAGGCUGUGCUAAAAAUCUCCUCGAAUGAAGGAAGGAGGAAAGCAUUCAGCACGUGUCUCACACACUUGAUGAUUGUGUCCAUGUUUUAUGUUCCUCUUUUUACUGCCUAUGUUUUCCCAUCAACUGGAAUAACUGUUGAAGAAUACAAUGUUAUCGCCAUCAUUCCCUGUAUAAUACCACCAAUGUUUAAUCCAAUUAUAUACAGCUUCAGAAACAAAGAGAUGAAGAAUGGCAUCCUAAAACUGCUUUGUAAAAGGAAAACUGUUCCUGAGUCAAACAAACACUGAGCCUAACAUCAACAGCAUGUAUUAAACUUUCAAUUUAA